AUGGCGAGCCCUCUAACCCCUGUGAAUGCUGUAAAUCCCGCAAUUGCUCCUGCGGCGGUUGAUAGCCAGUCUUACGCAAAUGGGACACAGCAACGCGCUACUAGUGGUGCCUCGCAGACGGUGCCGCAGUCAAAGCGACGUACUACUAUCACUACCUCAAGUGGACAAUGGGCACUUGGGAAGACCAUCGGCGCUGGGAGUAUGGGCAAGGUAAAACUUGCGAAAAAUCUUGAGACGGGUGAACAGGUGGCUGUGAAGAUUGUACCUCGGCAUUCGAGCGAAGAACAUCGUGGUAACCGCGACGCAGAAAGAGCAGACCGCUCUAAAGAGAUACGGACCGCAAGAGAGUCAGCAAUUGUCACCCUCCUAAACCACCCUUAUAUAUGUGGAAUGCGAGAUGUCGUGCGGACAAAUUACCAUUGGUAUAUGUUGUUUGAAUACGUGAACGGAGGACAGAUGCUUGACUAUAUUAUUUCCCAUGGAAAAUUAAAAGAAAAGCAAGCCCGGAAGUUUGCAAGACAGAUCGCAACACCCGAACUGCUACAAGCACGGCAGUAUGUCGGCCCGGAGGUGGAUGUUUGGAGUUUCGGCAUUGUCCUUUAUGUCUUAGUCUGUGGGAAGGUUCCUUUUGAUGAUCAAAGUAUGCCUCAGCUCCAUGCAAAAAUCAAAAAGGGGGUUGUGGAAUAUCCCCAGGGGCUUUCUUCAGUUACCGACCCUAAACAACGGGCUAGUUUGAAUGAGAUUAUUAACCACCCGUGGAUGACAAAAGGCUUUAGUGGCCCUCCUGAUAAUUAUAUGCCGCAUCGUGAACCUCUCCAGCUUCCACUCGACCCUGAGGUUAUUCAAAAAAUGACUGGAUUUGAUUUCGGCCCUUCUGAAUUUAUCACCGCUCAGUUGACCAAGGUUCUCGAAUCUGAAGAUUACCAGAAUGCUGUGAGAUUAAGCCAAAGAGAACAUGCUGCUCCUAACCCGUCAAAUGAGAAAAAGAGAGGGGUUUUCGACUUUUAUAAACGUCGUAACUCUGCAAGUAAAGACACACUUUCUAGCCCAUCUGUUGAGGCCGUGCAGCCAAUUGGUGACGUUCUCACUGGCUACAAUCCUUUGAUCUCUGUCUAUAAUCUUGUGCGGGAGAAACGAGACAGAGAGACACCCGAGGAACGCCCGGCCGCACUGGGCGUACCUCACUCUACCCCUGCAGAGCCCGCACUGAAAAUGCCUGAAAUCCCAGCUCCAGAGGCCGCCCAUACUAAUAAACACGCUUAUGAGAUACCUGGCGAGAAGGAAGCUGGCGGAAGAACACGGCCAAGAGCACUAACCCAUGGCGAGGAUGAGGUUAGGGACAGAAUCAAGACUCUCAAUAUAGGACAGCCAGCUGAGACGGGACACCCUUCCAUUGUCACCACACCUGUUGAGCACAUAAAGAAAGAAAGUGCCGCCGUUGGCUUAUUAAGACGAUUUAGCACCAGAAGAACACGGGAUAAGCCACGAGAUGCCGAACGUGAAAAGGGUGCAAUCGCCCAGGGACCCACCUUGAAUGUCCAGCCUCCAGAGGACCUUACUGCUCCUCGAAAGAGUUUCAAUGUAAGAAGGGUGAGGCACGAAAAUACCUCCCCCGGAACGCUUCAAUCUGGAGGAAGUCAGCCACAACAAGAACUUCUGCGUGCUCCCCGGUCCGGAGAAGUCACCCCGAGAAUGAAAAAUGUUCUGGGAAGGUCAGCUAGUGUCAAUUCUGGUGAAAAUCGAGUCCGCAGGAAUGGGAGAAGAGCCUUUGUCGAUGGUGCUGGUUCUCAGACCAUGCAAGACCCACCUUUGACAAGUGGAUCUGAUCGCUCUAGCUUGAGCGUCUCAAAGUCGCGCCCGCAGCAGAGCGAUCAGUCAGGCCAGGAUUCGAGGCCUAGCACACGCGUGCAGACUCUGAGGGCAAAAUCACUCGGCCAUGCCAGACGUGAAAGUAUCCAAGCUCGGCGAGCACGCCGAGAAGAAACUCGGGAAGCAAAUGUACCUGAGGAGACCGAUGCUGACUUGAGUGCCGGAACUGCACUUGAGAACGUUAAUACGGGAGAAGACUUCUCGAAGCCUGUUUUCCUUAAAGGCCUGUUCAGCGUUUCUACAACUAGUAGUAAACCUCUACCUUUCAUCCGCGCAGAUAUAAUGAGAGUUCUGAAACAGCUUGGGGUUGAAUUCACGGAAAUUAAAGGUGGAUUUAGCUGUCGUCACGCCCCAAGCAUCGACCUUAACCGUGUCAUGGAUGUACGACCGCACAGCCCAGAUCGGGAAGGCAAAGUAGGUGGCCAUCGCAGGCGAAUCAGCUUCGGUGGACUGCGUGGCUACGACAAGGAUGAGAACAGGGAUGAUCCUAGAAACACACAUACUUCUAGAACCCAACGGCGCCAACACGGAACCCCCGAUCGAAGUUUUAUCACUAACUCUGAUGGUUCUGACGAGUAUAUGUCCGCUCGCGAUAAUGGCGGUGGUGAGCGCGUUGUUGGCGAAACGACCACGAGAGUCCAAAGCGAUACCGGUGGCAACCUCGUUCUCAAGUUCGAGAUAUUGAUUGUCAAAGUACCCCUCUUCUCCCUGCAUGGCAUACAGUUCAAGAAGGUGGCGGGGGGCAUGUGGCAAUACCGAGAAAUGGCGAAAAAGAUUCUUGAUGCUCUGCGACUAUAG